CUGCAUGGAAGUGAUUACACCGCUCCCUUGUUCAGCCUUUUCUUUCGCUGGCACAAGGCAAGUUCGAGCCUCUGUUUUGAGGCACUCAUUCUCGAUGCUCCGGGAGAAAGUCCGAAGGGUCAUAACUGCUCUCCGCGUGAUCAGGCUCUCCGUGGACAGCUUUGGUUCUGGCCUAUUCCGUCCGGGAAGGAGGAACCUCUCUCUGAGUUGAGGGGCGGAAUCCGGAGCGUUGUGAUCUGCCAUGCGGAAUCGAGGAGGAAGCCACACGGUGGGAGAUCCGAGGCUGAAGCAGCGAGUUAAGCAGUACUUGAGCAGUAAUAAAUGCGGCCAGUACGUUGAUAUUGGACUUUUAGCAGCUGAUCUACAGAAAAUAUAUAGUGCCGAUUAUGGAAGAAGAAAAAGAAAUGCCUUUAGAAUACAGGUAGAGAAAGUUUUUAGCAUAAUAAGUAAAGAGCUGAAGCCAGAGGAUUUAGAGACUGUAGAAGAUGAACAUUUGGCAAAGAAAGCAAGGCACAGAGGAGGCAGAGAGGAUUCAGAAAGCUGCAUGGAUACUUCAGACACUGAUACUGAGCACCCAUCCUCCAAUUACAUGAACAGUUCUUUAUUGACCUUAUACCGGAAAGAAAAUCCAGAUUCCCUGCCAGAAACGGCUUUGGAUGUAUUAGUGAAAUCCAGCACUUCCCCUCAAGCACCAUCUGACACCAGAAUUUCAGAAGGUGGUUGGUUUAUUGAUAAAACCCCAGCCAGAAAAGAGGAUAACUUUUUUAUUGAUCUGUGUGCAGAAGAAGAGAGUGACAAUAGCAAACACACUGCUGAGAAUUCAAAAGAUCUUUCCUUUGUGAAGACUGAAAGGAAGAAAUCCAAGGGCAAAAGAUUUAAAAGGAGGCUAGAAGACUCUCAAGAUGUAGAUGAAGAAAUAGAAUCGGCUUUGUGGAAUAAGAAAGGGAAACCAAAAGGAAUAGAGCUACAAACCUCUUCUGUAAAGUUUGCGGAUGUAGGAGGCAACGACGAGACUUUAAAGGAAGUAUGUAAGAUGCUGAUACAUAUACGUCAUCCUGAGAUAUACCAACAUUUAGGAGCUGUUCCACCUCGAGGAUUUCUCUUGCAUGGACCACCAGGCUGUGGAAAGACCUUGCUAGCACAGGCCAUUGCUGGGGAACUUGAGAUACCAAUACUCAAAGUAGCUGCUACUGAGAUGGUGUCAGGUGUGUCUGGUGAAUCAGAACAGAAGAUAAGAGAGCUGUUUGAUCAAGCUGUGGCCAGUGCUCCAUGUAUUCUCUUCAUAGAUGAGAUAGAUGCCAUUACACCCAAGAGAGAAGUUGCUUCCAAGGACAUGGAACGGAGGAUUGUGGCUCAGCUUCUGACCUGCAUGGAUGACUUGAAUAAUCUGGCUUCUGCAGCUCAGGUCCUAGUCAUUGGAGCAACGAACAGACCUGACUCACUGGACCCAGCCCUGAGACGUGCAGGAAGAUUUGAUCGUGAAAUUUGCUUGGGGAUCCCUGAUGAAAGGGCCAGAGAAAAAAUUCUGAAGACAUUGUGUCGGAAUCUUAGACUUCCGCAAUCGUUUGACUUCUGUCACUUGGCUCGUAUGACUCCAGGCUACGUUGGUGCUGAUCUCAUGGCACUUUGCCGUGAAGCAGCUAUGUCCACUGUAAAUAGAGUCCUUGUUAAAGUGGAAGAGGAAAAAUCUGAAACUCUGAGUAUGGAAGAAAAAGCACCUGGACAAGCCCUGGAGAAGCAGCUAGGUGGGCUUCUUAGUAAAGAUGCUGAAGUGCCGAAGAUUCCCACUAAAGAUGAAUUGCAAAGAUUGCUUUGGUUGCUAAAGAAUCCAGACUCCCUGGGGGAGACUCAGCUGCAAAAGCUCUGUAUUGAGAUGAAUGAUUUCAUUGUUGCCGUGUCUUCUGUUCAACCCUCUGCCAAGAGAGAAGGCUUUGUCACGGUCCCUGAUGUGACGUGGGCGGAUAUUGGAGCCCUGGAGGACAUACGGGAGGAGCUCACCAUGGCAAUACUGGCACCUGUGCGGAAUCCUGAGCAAUUCCAGGCCUUGGGCCUGACAACUCCCACUGGUGUGCUGCUUGCUGGGCCUCCUGGUUGUGGCAAAACACUUCUUGCAAAGGCUGUGGCAAAUGAGUCUGGGCUGAAUUUCAUUUCUGUGAAAGGUCCUGAACUGCUGAAUAUGUACGUGGGGGAAAGCGAACGUGCUGUACGUCAGGUUUUUCAGCGUGCAAGAAAUUCUGCUCCCUGUGUUAUAUUCUUUGAUGAAGUUGAUGCCUUGUGUCCUCGGAGAUCAGACCGUGAGGCAGGCGCCAGUGUCCGUGUGGUAAAUCAGUUGCUAACAGAGAUGGAUGGCCUGGAAUCCCGUCGUCAGGUUUUCAUUAUGGCAGCCACCAAUAGGCCAGAUAUUAUAGACCCAGCUAUUUUACGCCCAGGAAGGUUGGAUAAAACACUCUAUGUAGGUUUGCCACCACCUUUGGAUCGCCUUGCCAUUUUAAGGACUAUCACUAAAGUAAGUAUUUCAGAAAUUGCAGAAAAAGUAUUCCCCUCCCCCCUCCCUUGAUCUUUUCAAGUCUGAGGGA